ACCCUCUCUGGUUAUUUUGCGGCAGGGACUUCAACCUUGAUGACCUGGGAGUCAGGAUGGCUCUAAACAGACACCUCUCUCUUCAGAGACUCGGCUUCCUCCUGCUCAUCAUGGUGGGGGGUCAAGCUCUGGAGCUGAGGCUGAAGGAUGGACGCCACCGCUGUGAGGGGAGAGUGGAAGUGAAGCACCAAGGAAUAUGGGCUUCCGUAUAUACUCAGUACUGGUUCAUGGAGGCUGCAGAAGUGGUGUGCAAAGAGCUGGGAUGUGGACUUGCUAUUGAUGCUCCCAGAGGGUCUUAUUUUGGACCAAGGCUUGGUCCUAUUUGGGUUUUCACUUUUACUGCAACAAUACCAAGCCAGAUUCACCUCUCAGUAUUGAUGGUGUGUUCAUCUCGACUUUAA